AUAGUAGAUUUGGCUUUACAGCUACUUGCCAUAACUCACGCCAUUACAUAUACUAGCUGCCAUAUAAAAAGGUUUCACCAUUGAAAGGAGAUCUAGGGUAAUUUUUUUUUCUCAGAUCCGGCCAACGCCGACCUACCUAUCCCAGCCACCGCUUCUUUUCUCUACCCAUAGCCAUUCUAUCUGCCGUUUCCGAUCAGUUUCGACGAGGAGCCUUCCUGUAUGCACCGCUGUUUUUAUCAAUUUGGAGGAAAGAGAAAGUAGAUCUCAUUUUGCUCCCUUGGAAUUUCAUAGCUGGUGUAUUCCUACAUUAAGCAUUAUGGAGAAGUAUAAUCUUCCAUUUAAAGUGGGCCAAUUAGCAGAGGCAAGAUCUUUUAUUUCGGGUUAUCGUGGUGCAUGGUUCCGUUGCAAGAUUAAAGAAAUAGGCUGUAGAAAAGGUGAGGUUGGGCUUGCUGUGGAGUACUAUGAUUUUCCAGAUGAUAAGGUGCAAUGGACAAAGCUUUAUCAAAAGCUUAGUAAAUCUAAGGCUAAGGAUCCAACCUUGAUGAUUCGGCCAUGCUUUCCUCCUAUUUAUCAUGAAGGUGAAUUGUCAAAUAUUAAUCACAUCUCAGAAGUAGUGGUUAUAUUGAAUGAUGCUUGGAAGGUGGGAGAUUUAGUAGAUUGGUGGACCGAUGGCUGUUAUUGGUCUGGAAGGUUGAUUGAAGUAUUAGGGCCUGAGAAGUUUCGGAUCGAGUUGCUUCCCCCUCCUGCUGGUGAAGGAUCAUCUUAUGAAGCUUCUUGUGAAGAUUUCCGUCCUUCCUUGGAUUGGUCUCCUCAUCAUGGUUGGACAGUACCUGAAAGCAGUUGCUCUUGUGCUCGGCUAGUCAAACCUGUCAAUCCAGCAAGUGCUGUGAAUGUGAUGAAUUGUGAAGGGACAAAGACGUGGGAUGACUCAGUUUCUUCUGAUAUUUCAUCUACUCACUUACCGCCUUGUGAAAGAUCAAAGGAAAUGGCAAAACGUCCUUUGACCAAUAUUUUAUGCACGGAGAAACGAUCAGUGGAGAGCAGUCCUGCAUGCACGAAGAUGCAACCAGUGCAGAGGUCUAUAUCAUGCAUGGAUGCACAAACAAUGGAGACAAAGGACUUGCACUGUGGAAUUGGUAAAUCUUUUUGUUCAGAUAGUGUUUCAAGUUUGUGCUCCCAAGGUGCAUCAGCUGAAGUUGUAGAAAAUACAGCUGGAGAGCACAAUUACAAAGGCAAUGUUCCAUCCAAGAAGCCGAGAAUUGAUAGAAGCAUUAUGUUGAACUCUAUGUCCUCUAAUACUAUAGAAGCUGCAAUUAUGGACUUGGAGGAACUGGUAAUCCGGGUUAGAUGGAUGAAGGAUAUUUUAAAGUUUGGAAUGCCUCUGCCAGAUUCUGUGCAGCCUUCUUGGGAGUUUGUGGAACACCGCGGCUCUUCCACCCAAAAAUAAGUUCCUGUGGUAAAGUGAUUAAUUUUGGAGAUUUUGAAGAAAUUUUUGCUGACUAGAGAUUGACAUGAUUCAUGUCAGAUGUACAUGUACUAGUUGGGAAAAUUUUAAGCAGGAAUUGAUAACUCAGUUUUUAUCCCGAGACUGUCUGGUAUACUGCCUCGUAGAAGCCCACGAGUGAGAUCACACUGAUUUUACCCGAGAGUAUCUUGGCGUAAACUUGAAUUUUGGAAGCCGAAGGUUACCCAUUUCAUGGGAAAAUCAUAGUUCAUGCCUCAAACAUGUAAAGCUCAAGUCCUGAAAAAUGAUUCCGAGGACAAUUAUUGUUGUACACCAUUCAAUACCCUGUCAACCAUUUUUGUAUUAUGGGUAGAGCAUGUGCCUGAAAACCUACAGGUAGAUUUUGGUUGGGAUCUCUGGAGAGAAAUUGAGUGAAACUGAUACUCUCAUCAUUUCUUGUAUGCUCGGUAGGGUAUCAAUGAGCUUCGUUAUUUGUCUUUUUGUUC